AUGCCAUUCCGGCUCCUGCGCUCGCAGCCGGCACCAUCGCUGGCCGCGGCGAUAUCGACACUAUUAUUCAUUCUCGCUGUCUCGCCGGCUGUGGCUGUGGCCGAGUCAGCGGCAAAUAUCGGCUCAACCAACCUCGACGGCUACAAACUCGACCUCGAUCUCGGCGAUACCUACGAACCCAGUUUCGCGCCGUUUGACAGCAGCUAUCUCGGCAAGAGAGCCAACGUUAUUGGGCCGCUGGUCAACAAUGUUCCCUCCACGUCAAAUCUUAAGCCGGGCGAAGCGGCCUGCUAUCAAAUAAAAAAGACCAUUGCAACCGACAGCCAGGCUAGCGGGACGAAUGCUCGUCGUUUCGACCUUGCUGUCGAGGCUGCUACAAAUUCUAGUGCUGGAGCUGGCAUCUUGGCCCGCCAGGACAGCCAGAAGCUCUCUAUUUUCCUGUCUGCGAAUACGUGCCUGCAGCCGUGGCGAGUUCCAGGCGCCGACAAGGCUGAUAUGGAGCCUCCGCAGCUUACUCUGCUCAUAUCGAACUCGAGCCAGCUGGGAUGCCCCGAUUUGUCUAUGCAAGACACGCCCAACAUACAGAAGCAGACGUUUGAGGGUGGCGCAGUCAUGUUCAGCACAAACAUGACGGAGGAUUUGUUCAUUUCCGUCCAGGCCCCGAAUGUCUCGUCCAGCUAUCAAGGCGGCUACUUUUUUGAGCUGGCCGCUUCUACUCAGGACUACUACCAUCGAUACGUGGGCAAGGAAGGGCAGUUAUUAUGGCUCGAUAGCGACGCCAGUUCGGCUCUUUUGGUCAGCAAGAACCUAACGAUAAACAUGGACGAAUCGAAGCGGAUUAUGGAACAAGGCAUGCAGUACCAGUUCUACAUUGAUAACGAGCUCUUUCCUAGACUUCUUGGAAUCGAGCACUCCACGUGUGGCCUCAAAACAAACGCACAGAUAUAUGCAACACCGAACGGGACCGGGAACCUAAAUCAGCUGGUCCAUAUGACGAUGACGACGCGAGGACCCGGCGGUUUUCCAAAGCAGCAAUUUUUUAUCACUGGGCUGAAUGACACGACGGAGUACCGCGGUAUCAUUGUCCAGACCCCCAAUGCGACGGUAGCAAAACGCGAUGGGGAGGGUAUCGUCGGCGGCGGCGGCACCGUGUUCACGUCGACGGCCUUCAACACCGUGUCUGGCACGAGUUGCAAGAUGGUGACGGACCUGGACUUCUGCGACGAAAUCCAAUAUGCGGUGCCCGGCAACGUCGAAAAGUUCCAGGGCAACGACAGCAUUCUCGGGCAGACGUACGACGACUACGCCAAGACCAUGUACGACAACUUCGAGAAGGUGCUGAUGUUGAUGCAAUGUGAGGCGCCGUCGACCAAGCGGUACUCGCUGAUGAAGACCUGCGACGACUGCCGCCGCGCGUACAAGAAGUGGCUGUGCACCGUCGUCAUGCCGCGCUGCGAGGACUACGCGGCCGCCGACGCGCCGCACUCAAUCGUGCGUAACGCCGGGCAGCCGUUCCCGAACGGCACGCGCCUGCCGGCCGCCGAGCUCGCGCUGUACGCGGGCAUUCCGGCGUCCAACACGUCGCGCAAUAAUUUCAUCGACGAAACGAUCGCGCCAGGCCCGUACAGGGAGCUGCUGCCGUGCGACGACCUCUGCUACGAGGUGGUCCAGAGCUGCCCAGCCGCGAUGCAGCUGUCGUGCCCGCUGCGGAAGAACAGGGAGUACCCCUCGAGCUAUGCCCGUCGCGACCCGGAUAACCUGGAGGUGACCUGCAACUACCCAGGCGAGCCGCGCACGCGCGUAAGUGCCGCGGCGGGCGUGGUCUGGAACGCGGCGUUUGUGAGUGCUGCGAUCCUCUUGAGCGUGGGGUUGUUGUGGUAA